UCGCUUCUUGCAUCAAGCAACAUCAACUGCAACGUCUGUUGUAUGGAUGGCCCGCCGUCGAUCCUUGCUCAACCGUGAAAGAACGAGAAGGCAGCUUCCUGGACCUCUGCACCGAGACAAAUUUCCUCCCGCACCCCUCUUCUCGGGGCGAAGCCUGGAAGAUGCCGUCGGCGACCAUCGACAGCCACGGCGUCUCGGGUGUCGCUGCAGCGGCCGCCUUCCUGGACACGCUGCUCGAGCGCGCCGAAUCCGUCAAGCGAACUGCCUCGAUCGAGCCGCCUCUCGAGAAGUCCGACUUUGAUGACCUCCGACAACAGCUUAGCGAUGCGCUAGGCUACGAGUUGCCGCCCGACGAGUCGGCCGACAGCAAACGGACACAGCGCUUUGCCGUCAUCGAGACCGCCGUGCGCGACACCUUCGAGUCUUUGAUCGCAACGACGCCGAUCGAGUCCCCCGCCUUCGUCAAGGUCUGGAACCUCUUCGACAUCCUCUCCCUGCUCUCUGAUUGCGAGCUCUGCGACCCCGCUCUGCUGUUCUGGCUCGUCGAGGAGCUGCUGGACAGCCAGACGAUUGCCGGAUGCCGCAAGGUCUUUGACUUUCUCGAGUCGCGUCGCGAACGCAUCACCGCCAAGCACUUCAAGCAGAAGCAGCUCGUCAUCCUCCGCACCUGCAAUGAGCUUCUCCGGCGCCUGUCCAGGGCUCUUGACCCGGCUUUUUGCGGCAGAGUCUUCAUCUUUAUGUUCCAGAGCUUCCCGCUGGGCGACAAGAGCUCAGUCAAUCUGAGAGGCGAAUAUCAUGUUGAAAAUGUCACCACGUGGGAUCAGACGACACCAGCGCCGGACGGGGAGAAGAUGGACGUGGACUCGGAGCCGAAGCCGCAGAAGGACAAGGCCCUAGACCCGGACACGCUGUACCCCGUCUUUUGGUCUCUCCAGGAGAGCUUCAACCAACCCAAGAAGCUCUUCGACUCCGGCCACUUUGCCGCCUUCAAGGCCGGACUCGAGGCGACGAUGGCGACGUUUCGAAGCAUUAAGCCCGAGCAGCCAUCACGAUCCAAGGAAAAGCAAGACAAGCCGGUCGAAGAGAUGGGGCCCAGCCUGAAGCGCAAGCGGGACGACGUCGACGACGAGCUCGCCAGCGGUUUCAACCCCAAGUAUCUCACCAGUCGGGACCUGUUCAAGCUCGAGAUCAGCGACCUGGCGUUCCGCCGGAACAUCUUGGUCCAGGCGCUCAUAGUCAUGGAAUUCCUGCUCGCUCUCUCCCCCAAGGCAAAGGAGAAGCUCGCGAGCGUCAAGGCCCCCAACAAGUCCGUCACGUACUCGGACCAGCAGCUGAGCGAAGAGGACGCAAAGUGGGCGGCGGACAUGAAAGAGGCCAUCGUGGAGUACCUGAAACAGGGGGUAGAAGGGCCCUAUUUCAAUCGGAUGGUCGAGACCGUUCUCUCUAGGGACAAGAACUGGGUGCGGUGGAAGAUCGAGAACUGCCCGUCCAUCGAGCUGCCGAGCAUGACGCCCGAGAUGUUCGUCGAGGCCAGGACCGCUGCAACCCAGCUGGCCACGACCAAGCGGUUAAGGGCGACUCCACUCGGCUCGCUGUCUCUCGACUUCCUCGGAGACGAAGACGAGGAAGCAGCCUUUGAGGCGCUGAAGGAUCCCCAGCGAUACAGCCUCCCCGAGCUCAGCAGCCUCCGAAGGGGCAUUGCAGAUGAUGACUUCGAGAUUGAAAUGCCCACCAACGACGAGACCAAAGCCAGCGCAAUAGAGGGGAAGGCCAGCAAGACGUGGAGGGCGCUGAGGAUAGCCAGCAAGUCCAAGCUGGCCACCUUCGACAAGAUCGACGACGACAACAAGAUCGACGUCAUCUUCGAGGAGAAGCCGGUUGACCAAACCGAAGCGGAUGAGGACGUCACCAACGGCGAUGUGUCCUUCCCCGAAGAUCGCCGGGCAAUCGUCGUCGUAGACACGAGCAGCAGCCCCAAUACGAAGUCUGAAGUGCUAGCCCAAUUCAUGGCCAAGCACUCCAGAGCGUUUACCAAAGUCGCACCACACGUCACGCGGAAGCCACGGGAAGGGGAAGUUAAUGGACAGGACUACCACUUCGUCGAUGUCCAGACGUUUAAUGUCAUGCGGGACGGGGAUCAGUUCCUAGAGUUCAGCGAAGAAGGCGAUGACGUCCACGGCACGAGCAGGAAGGUCGUGGAGGGUAUCAUGGACAACGACAGGGUGCCGGUGAUGGAGAUGGCGCAGCAGGGUGCGCAACAAGUCAAGGACAAUGGUUUCGACGCGAGGUUCGUUGUGAUCAAAGCCUCGGCCGAUGCGGGAGCGGACGCCAAGCCUCCAGAUUUCUAUGACGCAGUGGCCAGUGAUCUGAAGUCGUUGGAAGCAGUCAUCUUCGGGUCAGCAGCGGCGCCGUCAAGAGAAGAUGGAGACGUGCCAAUGGCGGACGAGCCCCCGUCAUGAAGGCGUCUGGGCAGGGCGAUUGGGGAAGAGCGGCAGGCUAGUUGGCGAGGAAGCAUGUUACCGCUGAACUGUAACAACAACGCUACCUAGACUCUUUUGAUACGAGAAAUGA